AGUAAGGAAACAAGGUCGGAAAGUUCACGGCUGGUUAUCGAAGUCCAGAUGGGCAGACUGAUCGUUUUACUUUUGCGUUGCUCGAUGAACAGAGUAUAAUAAACACUGGCGCCAAGAAAACAAAGUUGACCAUCUCAUGGCCGAUCCAGAGGUCGUGCAACAGCGUGUGUCUGCCGCGACCGCGGCCGAUGAAUUGGCGGAGGCAGAACUUGCAGCACAGCUGGGCACACUCUCCUCGCCCGCUCCGGCGCUGCCCGCGGAGGAGGAGAUUAUUGGGUUUGGCGUCGCCGCGAUGCCCCCCCUGCCGGACGAGGAGGACAACGAUAACACCGUGAAUUUGCUCGAGUCUUCGUACGAAUUUGAGUACGAUUCGCAGAAGCAAACGCCCCAGGUUUCUCCGAUAAUACGCGACCACGAUUUGAUGUUACAACCCGAAGAGGACCGCAUGAUAGAACCUUCCGGCGCUGCGUGGGAGGAUGAAAUUUACGAAGCACAAGAACUCAGUGACGAGGGGGCAACCAAUACAAAAAGGGUAACAGGUCUUGCGACCAAAGGGGACGAGCAAGCAAGUACUACACCAGGUCGUGGGACGACACGGGCGUCAAGGGCGGCUGGAGGUGCAAGUAGGAGAAGUCAGAACAAUUUUGCUGCUGGUGCAAACAAUGAAAUAUCAACGCGGAGUAGUAAAAAUAGCGGGCGCAGGAGUACGAAAACUAGGUUGAAGUCCUACUACAGUGCGGGUACAGCAGCUACAGCCUCAGAGAGGGACUCCACGGAGAGUGGGAUUGUAAUGCUGCAACCGGAGAGGGCCUCCACCGCGAUAGCGGAAGUGCUGCACAGCAGUGACGCGGAGAGCGACACUGUCCAGCGAAUGACGGUCACGCAAGGAAAGGUGGUUCGCAUCGCGGAGGCCUACGCUCCGAGCGAGCUCAGUAGCAGUCCCGCGCGGUCCUCGAAUGCAGGAGAGCGGCUGCCGGUGCCGCAGUGGUCGCCGCAAGUGGUAGAGGACGAUCAGCAGGAACCGGCAGAAGUUGUAUCCCCCCCCUCCCGAAGAUUUUCGUCGCGAAAAGAAACCAGCGUGGCGGUGCCCCUGCCCCUGCCCGCCCCGGUUCCGGAUUACCGGGCUUACGAGAAAGCCCGUAAGAGCAGUUACUCAUAUCAGGUGGCGUCGCGCAUGUCAGCGGAGGAAAAGGUGAGCGUGAGACUCGAUAGAGAGGAACCUAUGUUCCAGCAAGUGCCUGACGUGCAAACAGCGCACACUCUGGCCGACCGCGUGUCGCGCUUGUCGCAGAAGGUCCUGUCGCCCGUCGAGAAAAAGGUGCAGCGGCAACUGAAGUCGACGUACGAGGAGACUGUGAAAGCCGAGAAAGCCGUGCGGAAAAGCGAGGAACUGCGCAAAAGCGAAAUGGACCAGCACUUAUCAAUUGCAAAAAUGUCUGGGUCUGGAAGAGUUCAUGUUUGUCAUGCUUGUCUGGCAUGACUCUUAAAUCUGUCAUGCACGGCGCCCAAGAGCUCCGUUUUUCUGUGAUGCAGAAGCGCAGUUUGUCAUGCAGAAUAGGCAACACCCAGGAACUCAGAAACUUGUCAUGCUGAGCCAGCAUCUGUAGCCUCAUCAUGAGACGCCACCUAGCAUCACAAGUUUCCAGACCCAGACACUUUUACUUUUGAUAGCACUACCGGGAUUACGACUCGCACGUCAGUGUGUACGACGAUCGGGUGAGCGUCGUGGGAGUUUUUCCUGCAGGGAAGGAUAACUUCACGCGCGAAAGCAUUUCUCAUCAAAAUCAAAACGCGACAAGUUCAUCCUGCUGCGACAUGCUGGCCAGUUGCAUCGGCGGCAAUGCUGACCACCUUGCGGCAAGACAUAGCCUCGGCGGGGCGAAGCCGAAGAGGCGCGUGUACGUGGAUCUGCUUGGGAACGAAUCGAAGAAGGAGCCAGGAACCUCGGAUGUGUGGAUGGACCUGACGAUGCUGCAGCAAGAUACCGGCACUUUUGCUAGUGAAGUGCACGAUCUGGAUAUCGUGGGAAAAAAGUGUUACAGUUACACACUCUGAUGGGAGACAAGCAAGACAGACAAGCUCUGUCAUGCAGGAAAUGCUUGCCAACCUGAUUUCAUUCGUGUUUUCCCUUAUAGUCUGCGCAUCACAGGUUUUCUUUGCCAUGUCGAGCAACUUUGUGAUGCAGAAACUCCAACAAAUGUGUUACUGUAAUACUUUUUUCUUGUGAUACUGGACGAGCAGGCGAAGCUGCGGAAAGAGCAGAAGUUGAAAGCGGGGAAAGUGAAGCGGCUGGAGUACGAGCGGCGGGUGGACGAGACGGACAUGAUGCAGCAAAAGGCCUAUCAACUGCAAGUAUGUCUGGGUCUGGAAGGUUGCAACUUGUCAUGCAAAAUCUUAAUCAUGCAGAAAUCUGUGUUGCAUGAGUGCCAAAACCUGUCCACUUUCGAACCAGUCGGGAGGGAGUUUCUCAUGCAGGAUAGGCAUGACAGGGACGUCGCAGAGUCUGUCAUGCUACGUCCCGCAUUCCAGGCCUCAUGGGUCACGGAAAAUCUGCAUGAGAAGUUUACAGGCUUCCAGACACAGACAUAUUUGCGUUUGAUAAGGCCAUCCAGAGCCUGACCGGGAUAACGGAUACCAGCAGCCAGGAGGACGCCAUGCACGCUCUGAUGACCAUCGCGACCAAAACCAAGGGCCUGCUGCAAAAACAAUCCACGCACCACUACGAGGGCUUCGACUACUUCUUCAGGCUCGACCCGCCAGUGUUGAGGUACUUUUGUAUAAAGAAAUAUACUUACUUGCGAUGCUGUAUCUGUACUACUUGUUUCAUGGAUCGAAUUACUCAGAUUCCACAUGCCAACAAAGUUGUUUCUACAUCAUGAUCCUACAUCGUGUUCCCCGCCCCUCGCAGGUACUUCCACGUUUCCCGCAAGCGGGACGAGUGGGUUCUCGAUUGGUACCGGGACAGAAACGCCGCCGAGGCAGAGCGUGCCGAGGUUUCCGCGACGUUGACGGACGACCGGGGGACGUUGCCAUUCGCGAUGAUGAAGCGGAUCAGGAAGGGGGUGGCGGACUACCCGAACCAGCUGCUGAUCGUGUACCAGCGGCACAUAUGCAUUGCAAACACGGCUGGGCGGUCUGGAAGAAUGCAAAUUUGUAUUUUUGCACGACAUUUCGGAUCAAAACAAAAUCUGUCAAUGCAUGGAGCGGAUCACGACCAGCACCACUUAUGUCUGUCAUGCGGAGUCCUGAUUCCUCAUGCUACUAUACGCGUCAUGUAUCCUGCAAAAAACUUGUGAUGCGUGGUUGAUUACUUCUGAAGGUCGUUUCUCAUGGAGGGACCAGCAGUACAAGUUUCCAGAUUCCGCCAUAUUUGCGACCCAUAGCGCACCCGCGACGGCGCUAUCGAGGCGGAACAACAGAUGGAGCUCUACGCGCGCACCGCGAAGGACGCCGCGGUGUGGCACAAGGCGAUGAAAAUUUUUCUCCAAGCCUCGCAGCAAGAAGCCUACCGGAAGAGUGACGAGUAUGCGGAAAUGCUGGAGCGCGAACGACGGGAGAUUCUGCAGCGGGACGUGGCCAUUAACCGAAAAACAGACGAACAACAGCACGAAUUGGAGGCCAUGCUGCAGGAGAGAAAAGGAAAUCCACAGCCAUCGAAAACAAAUACCGGUAGCACAGGUCGACGAGGGACAAGCUACGGACAGGUGCGGCAAGUAUACGAACGAAAUCGCUUUUUCUUUUGUUGUGUUAUGCGACAGUUCUUCAUGAAAUAUGAAUCUACUGAUGGUUGUUCAAGAUUGUGAGGUAUCAUUGUCGCUGAAGCAGGUAGAGAUGUAUGAUGCUGAUCCCGCUGCGUGCGCUGUAAUUGGGAUAGUUUGUGGAAAAUAUUGAAACGGAUUACGUAACACGCCACGACUCCUGUUCCCGUUGUCGGCUCUUGCAAGAUGUUAACAGUGAGCUUGUAAAAUGAGUAACGACAUGCCCAGGUUUCUUCAUCUGCAACUGCAAGUGCAGCUGCAGUGCGAAAGUCUCGUGGGAGCAAGGAGGACGAUGUCGCGGACGGAUUGACCUUUGGGAAAGUGAUGAAAGGCGUGACCGCGAAUGCGCCCCCUGGGCCAAACAGCAAGCCGCCAGUUGUGCGUCCAGAUGAAGAGAGUCCCGCCGAUGGCGGGACCAGCGACGAUGUUGCGGUGACGUGAAAGCUUUUGGUUUUUUAUUCAAUAGUUGUCUUAUGCAAAUAUGUUUUUCAUCUUUCUGACAUUGAUUUCCUAGUAAUCUCCCACAUAUGAAUAUGUUGGUGGUCGUGGUGCGCUUGUUGUACUAGGAGGCUCAAAGUAUUUGCAAUAUUGUUUACAAGGUAGCGAAAAUUAAAGGGCUAGUUCAGGAGUGCCUCCUUGUACUGAUUCGCAGGAUCAUGAUGUCGAUCACAUUCAUUGUC